UGUCAUGGAGACCUCGCUUUUACGUUGAGCCAGUUCCAAAAUAACAAGAUGUAAACCUGAGGAAAUGUGAUCCGUUUGUGAAAAUGCUGAACAGCAAUCCUGCCGCUUUCACUGACACGGGAUCCGGACUGAACUUUGACCUUAAUUUGGCUGAAAACAACAACAGAGCAAGAAUUUACAGAAUGAAGCUUCCUAAUAUCACUAACUACAGGUUUCUGGAUUAAAAGAUGUCUGCAGAUUUGGCCACAGAUCACCUGAACGGGAACGGCACCGAGGAGCCCAUGGAAACCAUGGAAACCAUGGAAACCACGGCAACGGUGACCCGCUCCGAACACUUCCAGGCUCUGCUGGACGCCGGCCUGUCGCAGAAAGUAGCCGAGAAGCUGGACGAGCUUUAUGUAGCAGGCCUGGUGGCUCACAGCGACCUGGACGAGCGCGCCCUGGAGGCUCUGAAGGAGUUCAACGAAGACGGGGCGAUGCAGGUUCUGGUCCAGUUCAAGGAGAGCGACCUGUCCCACGUUCAGAAUAAAAGUGCCUUCCUGUGCGGGGUGAUGAAGACGUACCGGCAGCGGGAGAAGCAGGGCACCAAAGUGUCUCCGGCCUCCAAAGGUCCAGACGAGGCGCGGAUCCGGGAGCUGCUGGACAGAACCGGCUACACACUGGACGUCACCACGGGCCAGAGGAAGUACGGCGGCCCGCCGCCGGACGCCGUCUACGCCGGGUCGCAGCCCACGGUGGGAACCGAGAUCUUCGUGGGGAAGAUUCCCCGCGAUCUGUUCGAAGACGAGCUGGUUCCUCUCUUCGAGAAGGCCGGGCCCAUCUGGGACCUGCGGCUGAUGAUGGACCCGCUCAGCAGCCUGAACCGCGGCUACGCCUUCGUCACUUUCUGCGCCAAAGACUCCGCCCAGGAGGCGGUGAAGCUGUGCAAUAACUUUGAGAUCCGGCCCGGCAAACACAUCGGCGUCUGCAUAUCUGUGGCCAACAACAGGCUGUUUGUCGGUUCCAUUCCCAAGAGCAAAACCAAGGAGCAGAUCGUGGAGGAGUUUUCUAAAGUCACAGAGGGUCUCGGUGAUGUCAUCCUCUACCACCAACCCGACGACAAGAAGAAGAACCGUGGUUUCUGCUUCCUGGAGUACGAAGACCACAAAACGGCGGCGCAGGCCCGUCGCCGGCUCAUGAGCGGAAAGGUCAAGGUCUGGGGCAACCUGGUGACGGUGGAGUGGGCCGACCCCAUCGAGGACCCCGACCCGGAAGUUAUGGCCAAGGUGAAGGUCCUGUUUGUGAGGAACCUGGCCAACGGCGUCACAGAGGAGAUCCUGGAGAAAUCCUUCAGCCAGUUUGGGAACCUGGAGCGGGUGAAGAAGCUCAAAGACUAUGCCUUCGUCCACUUCGAGGAGCGGGACGGAGCCGUGAAGGCGCUGGAGGAGCUGAACGGGACGGAGCUGGAGGGAGAGCCCAUCGAAAUAGUUUUUGCCAAACCGCCUGAUCAGAAAAGGAAGGAGAGGAAAGCCCAGAGACAAGCUGCCAAGUCCCAAAUGUAA